CACCACACCCUUUUUCUCUAUACCAAGCAAGCAAGAAUAAUGCAAAAAAGAUAAGCAAGUUAUGGGUUGCAACUUUUAUACUAAAUCCAUUUUAAACCCAACUCUAGAUUGACAAGCUCUCUCUCUCUCUCUCUCUAACUUUUCUUUCUUUUCUCUCUCCACAGCUUCUUGAUACCCUUAUCCUCCCUAUUUUCUUAAGGUUUGGCAAAAUCUGUAGGCCCAAAACAAUUAAAGAAGAAAAGGUGAAAGAAAGAGUUGCAGAUACAGAAACAGAUCCUAUUAUUAGUCUUUCUAGUAUAAUUCCUGCGAAUUAUGGAGACCAAACAACACAGUAAUAUCAAAGAGAAAGUUGUAUAUAAACAUGAAGAAGAGAAGUUAAAAAAAGAAGGAAAAGAAGACAUUAUUCCAGCAGCAACAAAGCAGCAGCAGCAGGUACCCUAUACAUCAUCCCCUGUUGCCACAACUUCACCACCUUCAGCUUCUUCUUCUCCUUCUCAUGAAUUCUCAUUCACUAUCUCUCUCCAUUCUUCUUCUGCACCAGUUCCUGAUGGUAGUAAUAAUAACAAAGCAGCCAAGAAUACCCCUCCUUCUUUUGCUAUUGAUUUGUCUCCUGCCGAUGACAUUUUCUUUCAUGGCCAUUUGCUUCCUCUCCAUCUCCUCUCUCACCUUCCUGUCUCUCCGCGCACUUCUACGAAUUCCUUGGAUAGCUUUACCCUCCCCAUCAGGGAAUUAUUGGACGAUCACAAACCCAUCAAGAGCAACAACAACUCAACCUGUAGCCGUGGCAAUAGCAGCAGCGACGUCAAAGAUAAUAUUAGCAAUAGCAAUAUUAGAACCAAUAACAAUGGUGAUGACAGGAAGGCCAGAAGCAGCAGCAGCAGCAAACCAAAGUCUUUCUCUUUAUUCGGGUGGCGAAAAGGGUGUGAAGUUAGAGACAAAGAAGACAAAGACAAGCAAAAGAAAAAGCUGAGAUUUGAAGUAAGUCAAGUACUAAAAAGAUAUGUCAGGAUGGUUAGGCCAUUAUUGUUCUUCAAAGGAAGGAGAGAAAAGCUCCAAUUCCAUAGGCAACCCUAUUCAUUUUCAGGCAAUUUAAGCUGGAAAAAUAAGCAAGAAUUGCGAGGAAGAAGAGGAGAAUACUCUGCACCAGCUUCCAUGAGAACAUCUCCAACUAACAGUGGCCUUCUUGUAGCAACUGCAUCCAUACCUUCUUCUACUAGCGAUAGUACUAUGGAGGAAUUGCAGGCUGCAAUUCAAGCAGCAAUUGCUCACUGCAAGAAUUCUAUUGCCGCUGAAGAGAAGAUCAAAUGCUAAUACGUAAUGGUUAGAUUUGAAUUUUCCAAAAUUUUCAUCUUCAAAAUCCUUCUAUUAUUAUUUGCUGUACACUUGUGUAUAAAGUGGUAUAUAUAUCCUCAAAAAUGUAUGAAAUGAGUUUGAGAUUCUUAUAAACUAAGGUGGCUUUUUGAGAAUUGUUUUAGUA